UGAUUGCACUGCCUAUCGACCUUUCACACAAUUUGUUUAUUUUACGAUAUCUGCACUAUUUUUUUUGGAAUAAUGAGCAAUUCAACAGCCUCUGCCUUCUCCAGCUUGGAUACGGCGGCCCUGGAACGCCAAACAGAAUUGCUUAAUGAACCGGCGGUCACAUUUGAGCAAAUAUGGAAUGAAACACAUGAAAAAGUCAGCAUCGGUUGGAUACGACAAAAUGGUUACAAGCGCAUAUGUCUGCAAUUCCCAGACGACUAUCUACCACACAGCAAUGCCAUCAGCAAUUGCUUGAAGACAGCAUUGGCUGCAGAAGAAUGCAAAGUCUUCAUUUUAGCAGACACUACUUAUGGGAGUUGUUGUGUGGAUGAAAUUGCUGCCGCUCAUGUGGAGUGCGACAGUAUGAUUCACUUUGGUAAUGCCUGCCGCAGCAAAGCCAGCCGCCUGCCGGUGCUCUACUUGUACCCAGUGUUGCCACUAGAGUUGCCAAAAAUGUUGCAGCAACUUACAACGCUGCAAGCGGAGUGCGCAGAACGCGAGGUUUGCAUUUAUUUUGACAUAGGCUAUCAGCAUCUUUAUGAUCCGGCAUCCAGCGAGGGUGAAGACACUCUGCACAGCCAGCUGCGUGAGCUUCUGCAGCCAAAGAAGCUGAUUAUCGAAGUGUAUCCACCGCCAGCUGAGGAUUGCGUGGAGAGCAAGCAACAGGCUGAAUCUGCUUCAGAUGCCGAGCGCAUCUGUGUUUUUGUGGGCGCCGACAAUCAGCGCUUUGCUAACUUGUCUCUGACCACUACAGCAUAUCAAUGGCACAUCUUAGAUGGCGCCACAGCCACUAUCAGCCUGAAGAAUCCUCUGACAGCUCAAUACAUACGCCGACGUUACUAUUACAUCGAGAAAUGCAAAGAUGCCCAAACGCUGGGAUUAAUUGUGGCCACCUUGAGUGCUGUUGGCUAUCUGGAUGUGGUGACCCGUCUGCAGACGAUGGCCAAGAGUCGCGGCAUCAAGACACAGCUGAUUUCAGUGGGUCGCAUAAAUCCAGCAAAGUUGGCUAACUUUCUAGAGAUUGACUGCUUUGUACUAAUCGGUUGUCCCUUUAACAACAUGUACAACUCCAAGGAAUAUUACAAACCCAUUGUAUCUGUGUUUGAGGCUGAAAUGGCAUUGAAUCCCGCCUGGCACAUGAAAUAUCCAGCUUCAUAUGUGACAGAUUUUAAACAGCUGCUACCCGAGGGCCGCAGCUUUUUGCCGUUUGAUGUGACGGCUGUGCAGGAUCAACAGGAUGUGAGUUUGGUUAGCGGACGCGUGCGAGGUGCCCAAGAGAACAAUGAUACAGUCGAGACUGCUGCAAACACAACGCUGGCCACUCAAGCUAAAAUGGCCUUGAUGACCAGCGACACGGGUUUAUCUUUUGAGGAUCGUACUUGGCAAGGUUUGGAUCCCGCUUUAGGUCAAACUGAGCCAGCAAAAAUACAAAAGGGUCUCAGUGGCAUUCCCAUUAAGUACUCCCACGACUAGUUGACAUUAUUAACAGCAGCAAUAAAUAAGAACGAUAACUAAUCAUAUUACAGUGUUGUUGUAUUGUAUUUCAUCUUUUGGUUAUAAUUAUUAUUUUGUUUUUAGCUGAUCUCGCAUCGAAAUAUGUUGUGAAUUAAACUAGCAACAAACGUCAUUUAAACCCUCAACCAGUACAUGGAGGAGCGGAUUCUGUUGUAGUCGGGCAAAUUCUCGACGGGACCAACGGCAGCAACAGCUGGGCAUCUGUCGUACACAUACUUCAUGCCCACAUCACGCACAUUCUGCACGCUGACGGCAUCGAUGCGCUGCUCCAACUCAUGCAGUGGGAUGCGGCGGUUAUAGCACAGGAUCUGACGGCCAAUGUCCUCGCAGAUAGGCGUGGUGCCAUCCAAUUGCAACAGCAUGUUUGUCUUCAACAGGUUCUUGGCACGCUCCACUUCAGCCUCUGUGACCAUGGUGCACAAGCGCAUCCAUUCGGUUUGCACAUUGAAGAGCAUGUCCUAUUGAAAGAUAAGAGGAUGGUUGUCACACAUAUACUUAAGCAAAAGAUUUAUAAACUAACCUCGCACUGCAGAGGAUCGCAGACGAAGUAGAUGCCCCAGAGACCGGUAUCCUUGUAGCAGGUGUUGAACGACUGGAAGCUGUGGCACAAAUCUGCAAAGCAAAAAGUAACAGAUAGAGAAGAGCACAGAGUACAUAAGUGAACUACUCACUAUCCUCAGCGCUGGCACGAGCCAAGUUAGAUGCAUUGUUGGCGCCACCGCCCUGGGAGCGAUCCCAAGCACCGACCAAAGUGUUGGCCACCAUCAAGGGGAUGUUAUCCUGAUCGGUCCAGCCGCAACCUUCCACAGCAAUAGCCACAUGAGCCAGGGGCAGCGAGUCAUCCCGCACACGCACCUCAGAGCCAGUGAAGCGGCAUGGUGUCACUUCAGCGGGCAGCAAGCUGGCCUCCAGGCGGCCCAGCGACUGAUCAGCCAGCUUGACGAGUUCGUCGUGCUUGACGCCAC